AUGCACUAUUCAUCCUUUCACUUUGUUUCUUCUCUGAUAUGUCUAGGUCCUUGGAAUGUGCUGUCCGCUCCAACCUACCAACAUCAUCGUGAACCUCACAAUGAGGCCUUUGCUUCAAGAGACUACUUUUAUGUUGGUGGUGAAUAUGUCACUACCUCGACCAAUAAUACAUUGUUUGUUAACCAGAUGUAUGUGGAACAUCUCGUUCCAAGUCGAAUUGAACAACCUUAUCCAAUUGUAUUUAUUCAUGGUCAAAGCAUGACUGGUACCAACUGGCUCAACAAACCCGAUGGAUCACCAGGGUGGGCAACCUAUUUCUUAUCCCAUGGAUAUGAAGUAUACAUUCUGGACCAACCGGCGAGAGGAAGAAGCGCGUGGAAUCCAAAUGGUAAUGCAACAUUGGCGACUUAUACUGCGGAGAGAACAAUGCAGAGAUUCACGGCGACGGAGAGAUAUAACUUGUGGCCUCAAGCGGCGUUGCAUACUCAGUGGCCUGGUAAUGGCUCAAUAGGAGACCCCAUCUUCGACGCUUUCUAUGCCUCUACAGUUCAAUUCCAAUCCGACACGAUAGUUCAAGAAAUCAACACGCAAAAAGCGGGGGCGGCACUCCUCAAUCGUAUAGGUCCCGCAGUCCUACUGAGUCACUCGCAGGGUGGUCUUAUGCCCUGGGUCAUCGCAGAUAAAGUUCCGAAAUUGGUGAAAGCUAUCGUAGCAAUCGAACCAACUGGUCCUCCAUUCCAAGACGUACUUUUCCCCCCAACAACCCCGGAAGGUUUUACCAGAAAAUAUGGAAUUACAGAUAUUCCAUUGCAGUACGAACCGGAAUUCGAGAUUGGAGAGGUAUUAGAAAAAAUUCUCGUCACGAACCAAGAAGCUGGAGAUCACGAGUUAAAAGAAUGCUGGUUACAAAGAGAACCAGCGAGACAGCUCAAACAUCUGAAGGGCAUUAAAGUCCUAGUGGAAUCUGCAGAAGCGAGUUUUCAUAGGGUUUAUGACGGAUGUACGGUGGAAUAUCUGAAGCAAGCGGGUGUGGAGGUGCAGUGGAUGAAGUUGGGUGAUGAGAAGGAUCCUCGAGUGGCUGAUGUACAUGGGAAUGGCCAUAUGCAGUUUAUGGAGUUGAAUAGUGAUAUUAUCGCGGGCGUGUUGGAUGAUUGGAUAAGAGAAGCUGUUGGGGGGAAUUAG